AUUCACUGUUGUGUGAAGGACGAUUUGCUGCAUUCAGCCAAUUAAACUUCUUUUGAAACGGCUAAUUAAAUUCUAUAGUGUAGGUGCGCGGGUAUGCAAGUGCAUGUAACCUAUGUAAUGUUUGUUUUGGUUGACUUUAGUUUAGUUUAACUACUUAAAAAGGCUUACGCUACUUGUUUAUUAGCGACCAUCGAUUUAAGAGUGACAGUGACCAACGUGGUUUAAAAUAUAGGCAACAGUAAGCUAUUGUUUACUAUACGUGAGUACACAGUUUUUAUUUUGAAAUUUGCGGUAUUUUUAAUGUAGCCAUAUAAUUGAUUCGUGACCGAAAUUAUAGGCUACACAGAAUAAAUGGCAUGCAACCGUAAAGUAACCUGAGCGCCUUGGCCUUAAUAGACGUUUUUUUUUUUCCUUUACAAGGCUCUAUUUACAUAUUUAGAAAUGAUGCCAUCAGUGGGCUACUCCUUAAUUUAUUUUGAGGUAUAAAUUUGAAGCUCUGACACGCAUGAAGUAGCCUAGUCUCCAAGAGUACACAAAAAUGUUGAAACGUGGAACUAUUGGCAAAAACGGAUACAGCCCAUAUGCAACUGGCCAACGGGUUAAGAAAGCAGAGUCUAAAGGCAAAUUGGACAUUUUGCCAAAUAGACACAACAUUUGGCUGAAGCAGCUGUCUGCCCUCCAGGAGCAGCCAAAGCGAGAUGUCCCCGACGGUGCCUCCCCAACAUUGUCCACCUCCUCCGGUACCACCCUCUCUCCCCCGGGCCACAACAACAGCCCUGUCUCCUGCCCGGGGACCCCCACCCCGCAUCAUGGCAGACAGGGCUGCCCUUCGCCCGGGGGCACCCUGAAGCGGCCGCCCUCCCUGAGUCGGCACGCCAGCGCCGCGGGGUUUCCGCUGCAGUCGUGGGUCUUCAGCAAGGGCUACACAAAAGGGGCACAGGCACAGAGUCCAUCCCUGGACAGCCCGGAGGCUGUGUGUAUCGAGGUGGAGGACAUUCCUCUCCUGCUGCGAGAUGUGGCUCGCUUUGCUGAGGCCGUGGACAAGCUCAAAGAUGUGGUGCUUGGUGAAGGUAAACUGGAGAACCGUCGGCCGCUGGCUCAUGAGUGCUUGGGGGAGGUGCUCCGGGUGUUUCGGCAGGUCAUCAGCUUGUACCCGCUACUCAACACAGUGGAGACACUCACCGCAGCCGGAAAGCUUAUCUCUAAGGUCAAAGGAUUUCAUUAUGAAACCAGCAAUGAUGCUGAAAAGAAAGACUUUGAAAAGGCCAUUGAGACCAUGGCUGUUGCAUUCAGUAGCAAUGUGUCCGAGCUGCUGAUGGGGGAGCUAGACAGCAGUUCACUCCUAUCAGUCCCACCAACAGAAAAAAGCAGGUCUAUGGAGAAUCUGUAUGGCACAUCACCACAGGGGUUUGAUUCCCAAAUGAGAAGUGAUUUCUUAGAAAGUGGUAUGAGUGCAGAGGAGGUAGAUAUCAUCUUGCAGCGCAGUGAGGGAGGAGUGGACACGGCACUGGCUUAUGCCAAGACCAUCUCCAAGUACAUGAAGGACCUGAUCUGCUAUGUUGAGAAACGGACUGCACUGGAGAUGGAAUUUGCCAAAGGCCUGCACAGACUCUAUCAGUCUUCGAAGCAGAGCAUCACUCAGCCCCACAUGCCUCUGUACUCGGUCUACUCUAUGGCUCUAGAGCAGGACCUCGAGCACAGCGCAGGUGUGCAGCAAACCUCCGUCACCCUGCAGAACAACACCUUCAUCCAGCCUCUGAUGCAGCGCAAGCUUGAGCACGAGAAGAAACGAAAAGAGCUGAAAGACGCCUGGAACCGAGCCAGGAGGAAACUGAUGGAGUGUGAGGCAAACUUGCGCAAAGCAAAGCAGACCUACACGACUCGCUGUGAGGAGUAUGAAAAGGCCAAAUCAGUAGUCACCAAAGCCGAAGAGGAGGGAAGCAGCUCCACGGCAAAGACGAUGGACAAGAAGAAACGACACGAGGAGGAGGCCAGGAAUAAGGCUGAGGAGGCAGAGGCCAGCUACAAGGUGUGUGUUGCAGACGCCAGCACCCACCACCAGGAGCUGGAGCACAUGAAGGUGACGGUGCUCCGGCAAAUUCAGGAGCUCAUCAAGCAGAGUGACCAGACCCUGCGCUCUGUUACCAUCUCGUAUUACUCCAACAUGCACAUGCAGACGGUGGUGCUGCCUGUGCACUACCAGACCCUGUGUGAGAACAGCAAACUGUAUGACCCCGGGCGCCAGUACGCCACGCACGUCAAGGAGCUGCAGAUGCCGCUCGAGCCCGAGGCCAGCUAUGCCUUCGAGUCAUACUCGGACACGCCCAGUCUGCCAGAGACCAGACCACGGAAUGAUAGUUUCAAUCCUGAGGGUCCGAGCACAGCUGAGACUGAAGAGAUGGGGGAUGGAGCCUCCACCAUAAAGGGGGAGACCAAAAAAGCCCGUGGUCACCUUACCCACAAAUCCUGGGGCUCCACAGUGAGCGAUACGGACAGUGUGGGAGCCGGCAGUGGACUGGGAUCUCCCACCACCAGCACAGGAGAUAUCAGUAAAAUGGCCAGAACCUCUUCCACCGGCACCAUGUCAUCAAACGAGGAUAUUGAUGAGAAGGAUGUAUCAACGUUUGAGUCCACUAAUUUGAAUGGCAUUGAGCCAGAGAUUGCGGUACCUACGGGUCCAUUCCGCAACAUUGGUCUCUCUAAAGCGGCCCAGACACACAAGCUGCGCAAACUGCGCUCCCCAUCCAAAUGCCGGGAGUGUGACAGCUAUGUGUACUUCCAGGGGGCUGAGUGCGAGGAGUGCUACCUGGCCUGUCAUAAGAGGUGCCUGGAGACCAUGACCAUCCAGUGUGGUCAUAAGAAGCUCCAGGGCCGCCUGCAGCUCUUUGGGAGGGACUUUGCCCAGGCGACGGGCGGCAGCACCGACGGGAUCCCCUUCAUUGUGAAGAAGUGCAUCUGUGAGAUCGAGAGGAGAGCACUGCGGAUGAAGGGUAUCUACCGUGUGAAUGGAGUGAAGACUCGAGUGGAGAAAUUGUGCCAGGCCUUUGAGAAUGGCAAAGAACUGGUGGAGCUGUCACAGUCCUCGCCUCACGACAUCAGCAACGUGCUCAAGCUCUACCUGAGACAGCUGCCUGAGCCCAUCAUGCCCUUCCAUCUGUACAACAGUCUGAUGGGCCUGGCCAAGGAGAACCUCCAGGCAGAGGGUGGGGAGGCUGGGAAGGGGCCCGAACUAAAAGACCUGGGUUCCGAUACGGAUCCCGAGGUCUUGGCAAUGGUGGAGAAAUUUAAAGAACUGCUGUCCGACAUCCCCGCGCCCAAUCACAACACGCUGCGGUACAUUGUGCGUCAUUUGCACAGGAUCGCGGAGUUGGAGCAAGACAACAAAAUGAGCCCUAAUAAUCUGGGCAUAGUCUUUGGGCCGUCCCUGAUGCGCCCGCGUCCCUCGGGUGCCACCGUGUCCUUGUCCUCGCUGGUGGACUACCCCUACCAAGCCCGUGUCGUGGAGACACUAAUUGUGUUCUACCUGUCCAUCUUCCCCUCCGACUCCACCCGCACCAGCUCCACCAGCCAGGUUCAGACCCCGGCCAUGCCACAGGACAGCUGUGUGGUCCCAGAUGACCCAGGCAGGACGGAUGGAAACCCAGAGAGCAGCGAUGAACAGGGAAGAGCUGAUACAGACGAAGUGCAAGGAAGUCUUCCGGGAGGGCCAGAAUCAGUUGAGCAGAGCCAAGACUCAGACGUGGAAGCGGACGACACAGCUGAGGAGGCUGAGGCUGAAUCUGGCAGCCACGUCCCACCAACGAGCGACAGCAGCGCUGAUGAGGACGACCAGCCAGAGGGCAGUGGCUCCAGAGGGGAGCUCGCCUCCGUGCCGGUCAUCGUGACAGAGCCGGGAAGCCCAGCUGAUGGUGACCCGCCAGCCCUCCCCGACACCGAGCCUCCCGAGCUGGAUGUCCAGGAUGAGGGUCAGGCAGCCUCAAUCGCAGGCCUCAACACCAACCAGUCCAAUAAUCAUGUGCUUGUGAUUGAGCCUCCUGUAUCACCCUUCCCACGUUUUGUUGGACGCAGGCUAAGUGUUUAUAUAGAUCAUGAUCAAGACAGAAAACCAGAAUUUAUUUGAAGCAGCAUUGCAUAAAGUUUUUUGUUGUUGUUGUUUUUUAAAGUUUAAAUUGUUUGUUCUUUUUAUGUGUUUUAUUCAUGUAUUGAAAAACACAAAUGUGAAUUAUUUUUUUCCUCAAGAGACCUUGUAUCUGCACAUUCUGAAAAAAUAUACCUGUCUUUUUGGCCAUUCCAAAACACGCAGUGUGAGCGCAAGUGUUCAGCGGUUUCCUUUUAUAAAUACCAUCCAUAUCACAAAGCUCCUAUUGAAACAUUUCAGCACUAAAGCAAAAAAAAAUGUUAGGAGACUAUUUUUGUAUUGUAAAAAUGAUUUUACAUAUGUUUUUGCAUGUGUUUUGUCAUGCCAGUCUUUUAAUUAAUAAAGUGAAAGGACAUACCUAUUAA